GCGGGAAGACCAGUGUUGGAGAACCCGUGGUUGGAGCAACAGCAGAAGGCGGCUCGGCGUGUGGAUCUAAUACCGGAGUGAGCCUCGGCUGCUGUCCCUCCUGCGACCACGCAUGUCACAGCCGGUCCGCUUUAUCGACGCAGCGUCAGUGUUAGCGGUGGCUCCGUGGCAGCCGCACUUCGGUCCUCCCUCGCCCUCCUGCUGGUGUUUGUGCCAUCACGCCUUCGCGAGGGAUACGAGUCCCUUAAGUGUGCCCGUCCCUGGAUCAGAUUGUCCCCGGCGCUAACCUCCUGCCGAAGAUCUGCCGACGGCGUGGCACCAGCGAGCGCCGCAUUGUGUCUGUCCUUCAGGAGUUGAAUCUCCUGUCCUGACUGUGUGCCCGAGAACCGCCGAGUUUUCCUUCCUUUCGCGCCCGUCGCCGCCCACACAACCUCGUCAUGGCUCCCAACAAUAAGCCCCCGCCCGUGUGUGUCCCGGACCUCGGCCCUCACCCACGCCCACAGGAGGAAGAGGCGAAAGCAGAGAGAGAGGAGAAGGUGGGCGUGAGUCCCACGACGGGCAUCCUGCUGUGCAUCGCCAACAUGCUCUACUGGAACCUGAUGUUGUCCUCGGAUGUCCCGCCCGACCCUCGCCAGGACUCUUGGAUCCUGAUGAAGUCGCAGACGCCGACGCUCAUUAUGUCCCUGGCGUACGUCCUGGGCUCCACGUGGCUCGGCCCCAAGCUCAUGGAGAACAGGAAGCCCUUCUCGGGACUCCGCCCCUUCAUGGUCGCCUACAACGCCUUCCAGGUCGUCUUCUGCUCGUGGCUGGUCUUCGAGCUGGGGAUGGGCGGCUGGUUCGGCUUCUACUCGUUCCGGUGCCAGGCCUGCGACUUCUCCGAUGACCCACGGGCCACGAGGAUGCUGCACGCAUGCUAUUGGUACUAUUUCUCCAAACUCAUCGACUUCCUUGACACGGUUUUCUUUGUGUUAAGGAAGAAAUAUAACCAGAUCUCCCCCCUGCACGUGAGUCACCAUGCGCUCAUGCCCGCCUGCGCCUGGAAUGGCGUGCGCUUCCAGCCAGGAGGCCACAUCACCUUACUUUGCAUCCUCAAUUCUUUCAUCCACGUCGUGAUGUACAGCUAUUACCUGCUGGCAGCGAUGGGCCCGCGUGUGAGGCCUUUCCUGUGGUGGAAGAAAUACCUCACUACCAUGCAGAUGAUUCAGUUCGUCAUCAUCUUCGUGCACUCAUUCCAGAUGCUGUUCAUCGACUGCCCGGGCGUGCCCAAGUCGGCGUCCAGGCUGGUGAUGGGCCACUCCCUGCUGCUGCUCCUGCUCUUCGCCAGCGAAGGAAAAACCGUACGCGAUGUGCAGCGAAGGGAACAGCCUCAUACCCAAGGCGGCGAACGGGAACACGGCGAAAUUAUCGGCAGACGUCCUCGUCAGUUCAGAAGUCGAGGGUCUUCGUUCUCGCAUAGUCGCCACCAGGAUGUAGUGCCUCUCCCUGUGUCCUCUUUACUCUCCUUCUCUCUCCUCCUCUUUUACUCUUCUCUUCCCUCUCUUCCUGUCUUCGUGGGCCAUUCGUCUAGUUGUGUGUGUAGUCAGAGGCAAAAGUCUUUGUAAAGUGUGUAUUUCUGAUUCUGACUUUUAGAAGAAGAAGAAUGUGAUUUUUGUUGUAUUACAUUAAGAGGAUUCCAAAGCUUCAUUUACUUGCUACAUGACUUUUGUCCCAGACUGUACCUCUAGAUACGUGGCUGCCUCUCGACCCCGCACAUCCACCUGUCCAUCCAUACACCCAUUCCUCCUCUGUCUAAUCGGUCUGUUUGCACACUGUAACAUAUAUAAAAAUAGACAGAUAUAAAUAUGUAUAGGAAAUCGAAGGCAGAGCUACUUUAUAACAUAAGCCUAAGACUCGACCCGGGGGAUUUCUGGCGCAGUCAGAUUCAAGACAAGAAGAUGAGAGGAAGAAAAAGUUUAUAAAAGUGACCUUCAACACUGAUCGACGGUGCUUCUUGCAUUGCUUAGUGUAGUAAGAGUAGUUCUGUUGAAGGUGAGGUUACAGGGAUAGAAGUAGAAAAUAAAAGUAUGUCCCCUCCGUCUUGAAGAUUCAGGAGACACCGUUGGGAGUAGGAGGCGUGUCUUCGCACCCUCUGUCUUGGAGAUGGCAUUAGGUUCCUUUUGUUCACUCGCUUUUCAUUUCUUUUUUUUGUGGCUGAAAUGCACAGGAUUAUUCUCUUCACAGGCUACACGAUGUUGAUAGAAUUGCACAAGGUAAUUCUUAGAGGACGAUGUCUUUGAUCUCUCACUAGAUCAUGUAGAUUCUUGUGGGAGUCGAUAUCAUGUCUCUGUAUUCACGUGAAUUCGCCAUGUCAUUGCCUUAUCAUUUUCAGCGUCCAUGUGAUUAUGUUUAGCUAAGUGACUGUAAUCUUUUAUUUUGUAAGAGUAAGAUCUGCGCUCCUUCUUUUGUUGUUUUAGGAGAGAGUUCUAAGUCAGGCACAUUUUUGUUGUGAUUUUUAUACCAAUUGGUACCUGCAAUCUGGGACUUAACAGGAAUUUUCGCAAAUCAACGAAAGCCAAAAAAAGAACUGUAUAUUGUAUGCGAUUUUUGGAAACCUGUUUUUUCGUUGCCUUUUCUAAGUUAUGCCAUUUCUCGAUCAAUGCAAAUAUUAUUCAGGAAGUAUUAUUGUUAAAUACUAUUGUUUAUAUUUUAUUCAAUGAUGAUGCAUGAGGAAAUAUAGCAUUGUUUAUACCAUAAA